GGCAAGCUAUCUACAUUUACUACAACUUCUCUCUACUUUCUCUCUCUAGUCUUUUCCGUCCUGUUUUAGCUAAGAGUGAGAGACGCAUGCACUCUCACAUUCAUGUUUAUCACCCCAAACCCCCUUUGACCCGAGCGACCCCCUGUCACUUAGGCUCAAACAAUUGGCGCCCACCGUGGGGCCAGACAUGACUUUGAAAAACGCUUCCCCUCAAAGAAGACACAGGAGAAGAGCACACCUCCAACUAAAAGCUCCCAUUAGGAGACUAAUCGGUCGGGAGACGCCCAAUCCAUAAGCUCUUACUAUAGAAGGAAUUGAACCAUCCAGUGAUGAGGACGUGCCAACAACAGCAGAAGAAACCAAACAGCUGGGUUGUCUCCUUACCAAAAUUCAAGAUACGCAAGGGCAGUAAAGGGCGAGCAUAACGGGGCAGCUCGACCAAGCGUUGUUGGCACUCUCGAAAAAGGACAUACUCUUGUGCCACCCCCUGCUCAAAUCACCUUGUACGAAUGUUGAAUGCUCAAAGAUAAGGCAUAUAUGACGGAGAAUGAAAUGGUAACACUGUUGGAUGCCAACAAUGAAGAUGAAAGACCAGGCGCUCGAGGAGGCGCCCGACCAAAUAAAGAAGAGGUCGAGCGCCUAAGGCGCCACCUCACCAAUUUCCAAGAGAAACAAGAACUUCAUAUGGCCAACAUGCAAGGAAAACUCAGCCAAGUAAUAGUGACUCUAUCGAUCGUGAGCAAAGGGCGCACUUUGGCACCUAUAGAGGAAAGUGUGCGCUCUAACGUAAAAAACUCAAAGGAUAUAUGCAAGUAGUAGAGAACGAAGUAAUUGAAGUUUUAUUGGAUACUGGUGGUGAAGAGGGAGCCUCAAACGCCUGGCAAGAAGAAGAGGCUUCAGAUACGGAUGAUCUACUUUCCUCAAAAACACAUUCGAUCCAUCUUCAAUGGAAAGAUGAAAUUGGAGAAAAUCUUCCUUGUAUCAGAAGGUGCAUCAACACCAAAGAUGCUUUCCCUUUCGCCUAGGGAAUAAGGAAGAGCAUGACUAUUAUGGACUCUUCUUGCGUCGACACCUGUGGAAUGAGGUGAUGCAUGGUGUGUUAUUCCCUUAUCGAAUCGUAGUUGUACACCCCGCUUAGUUGGAAGGAGCCCCUUGUGCUCUCUUACUCCGUCAAGGAUAAACAUGACGUGUUAUCCCCAUAGUGGAGCGUCAUUGUGUCCCUGCUUAGACAGAUGUAGCUUAUAUAGCUCGCUUCCUCCGUUAAGAAGAAUUCUAGGCACGUUAUUUCUUGUUCAAGAGCGUCGGUGCUCUACUUUGGGGAGCAUCACCAAUGGUUCAUAGGAUGUUCAUCCCAACCGAUAUUCAUUCGCCGCUAAACCAGAAGAGCUCUACAGCUUGCGUUUGGCUCUUUAGUCAGGUGUCAGGCGCCCAACCAUGGGUCUUCAUGAGAGGAGGUAUCCCUACAAUAUCCCUCAAAUUUACCUGCUUGGACAGAUGGAGCUUAUAUAGCUCGCUUCCUCUGUCGAGGAGAAGCCUAGGGGCGUUAUUUCCUGUUUAGGAGCGUCAGUCCUCUACUUUGGGGAGCAUCACCAAUGGUUCAGAGGAUGUUCAUCCCAAUCGAUAUUUAUUCCUCGCUAAAGUGGAAUAGCCCUAGAGCUUGCUCCUGGCUAUUCAGUAAGGUGUCAGGUGCCCAACCAUGGGUCCCCAUGAGAGGAGGUAUCCCUACAAUUUCCCUAGAAUUUCCCUGUUUAGAUAGAUGGAGCUCAUAUAGCACGCUUCCUCCGUUGAGGAGAAGCCUAGGCGCGUUAUUCCCUGUUCAGAAGCGUCGGUGCUCUGCUUUGGGGAACACCACCAACGAUUCCAAAGAUGUUCAUCCCAACCGAUAUUCUUUCCCACCAAAGCGAAGAGCCUCUGAGUUUGCGCCCGACUCUUUAGAUGAGUUUCGGGCGCCUGGAUCCCAGGUCCCCGUGAGAGGUGAUGUCCCCCACACAACCCUCAUAAUGUUCCCGCUUAGGCACUUCUUUCAAGUUGCUAGGCGCCUGCUAAGGCACCUCUUUCAAGUCGUCGUGUUGUAACCCUGAUUAGUCGGAAGGAGUCACCUGUGCUCGAUUACUCCGUCGAGGGUAAGCCUAGCAUGCUAUUCCCUUACCCGAGCGCCAUUGUACUCUCGCUAAGUUGGAGAGAGCCCAUUGUGCUCGUUUACCCUAGGGGUGGGAAAACGGUUCGGUAAACCCGAACCGAAACCAAAUUAAACUGAACCGAAACCGAAUUAAUGCUAUUCGGUUCGGAAUUCGGAAGGAAAAUAUGGAUAGUUCGGAAAUCAGGGUUCUUUCAACCGAACCGAAUUUCCGACAGAAAAACCGAAAUACUAUAAUGCAAGCUCCAAAUGGUGGAUUUUUAUGUUUGUAGUUGUUUUUGGGAUUUUUCCAGAAAUAGAACCUUUAAAAAAAAUUACAAAAAUAGCACCCAUCCGUAAAAAUUUACACUAAUAGCACCCUUUUUAAUAGAACGCACCUUGUAGA